AUGUCUGACAACGGCGAGGUCGAAGUCGAAGUGCCCGUCUCGGGUUACGCUGUCCUGCCCAAGGAUGUCACCGCUGAGAUCGGGACCAUCAAGCUCUUCAACAAAUGGAGCUACGAAGAUGUUGAGAUCAGAGACAUUUCUUUGACCGACUACAUCCAAAUCCGAUCUCCCGUCUACCUCCCUCACUCCGCUGGUCGAUAUGCCGCAAAGCGAUUCCGAAAGGCGCAAUGCCCGAUCAUCGAGCGAUUGACCAACUCCCUGAUGAUGAACGGUCGCAACAACGGCAAGAAGCUGAUGGCCAUCAGAAUUGUCGCCCACGCUUUUGAGAUUAUUCACAUCAUGACCGACCAGAACCCUAUCCAAGUGGCCGUCGACGCUAUCGUCAACUGCGGACCACGUGAAGACAGCACCAGAAUCGGAAGCGCUGGUACCGUCCGAAGACAGGCUGUCGAUGUUUCUCCUCUUCGCCGUGUCAACCAAGCGAUCGCCCUCCUGACCAUCGGCGCUCGUGAGGCUUCCUUCCGAAACGUCAAGUCCAUUGCCGAAUGUCUCGCCGAAGAGCUGAUCAACGCCGCCAAGGGAAGCAGCAACUCCUACGCCAUCAAGAAGAAGGAUGAGUUGGAGCGUGUGGCCAAGAGCAAUCGGUAA